GUCGUUGCUUGACCAAUUCCUUUGCAGGUGGAUGAACAGCCAUGAGGUAUCCUUCUCUCACACGGUUACAGUACCGUGCCGUUUCAGGCUUGGCCAGAUCUCCCAUCCGUCUUCAGUCGCAGAAACUCUCCAGUCUGCGAUGCACGUCGACGGCGGCCUUGCGUCCAGCGCCGGCUUAUCAGUCUGUUCUGAAUAGGCACUGGCAGCAGAGAAGGAAUGCCUCUGGCACUGCGGCUGCUGUCCUCGAAGCCGCUGCUUCUUCCCCGGAGACUCUCACCCAGGAAAGUAUUAUCGAGAAUCUUGAUCCCGUUGAGGCCGAAAGACUUUCCAGAGUCAGGAAUAUUGGUAUUGCGGCGCACAUCGACAGUGGUAAAACCACUUGUACGGAAAGAGUUUUGUAUUACACCGGUCGUAUCCGGGCUAUUCACGAAGUCCGCGGUCGAGACAAUGUUGGUGCCAAGAUGGACUCCAUGGAGUUGGAGCGUGAGAAGGGUAUUACCAUCCAGUCUGCCGCUACGUUCUGUGACUGGGUCAAAAAAGGAGAAGAUGGCAAGGAGCAGACAUACCACCUGAAUUUGAUUGAUACACCUGGACACAUUGAUUUCACUAUCGAGGUCGAGCGAGCUCUACGCGUCCUUGAUGGAGCUGUGAUGAUCCUGUGCGCCGUCUCUGGAGUGCAGUCGCAAACGAUCACCGUCGAUCGACAGAUGAGACGGUACAACGUUCCUCGAAUUUCGUUCAUCAACAAGAUGGACCGUAUGGGUGCCGAUCCUUUCAGGGCUAUUGAGCAGAUCAACACCAAAUUGAAGCUUCCCGCCGCUGCUGUCCAGGUGCCCAUUGGUGCUGAGGACGAGUUUGAGGGCGUAGUGGACUUGAUCCGGAUGAAGGCCAUCUACAACCAAGGUUCCAGCGGUGAGACUAUUUUUGAGACGGAUGAGAUCCCGGAGAAAGUAAAGGCAGUAGCGGAAGAGAGAAGAAAGAUCCUUAUCGAGACGCUCGCCGACGUCGACGAUGAAAUUGCGGAGAUCUUCUUGGAUGAGGCCGAACCGACACAGCAACAAUUGAAGGAUGCUAUUCGACGGGCGACCAUCGGAUUGAAGUUCACACCGGUUUUCAUCGGCUCCGCACUGGCUAACAAGUCCGUGCAGCCUAUGCUCGACGGUGUUGUUGAUUACCUUCCAAACCCUUCUGAGGUAGAAAACUUUGCACUUGACCGCAAGCGCAACGAGGCGUCUGUGAAGCUUGUCUCAUACAAUUCACUUCCGUUUGUCGGUCUUGCCUUUAAGCUGGAGGAGAGCAACUUCGGACAGUUGACAUACAUUCGUGUCUACCAGGGCACUCUCCGUAAGGGAGCCAACGUCUUCAAUGCGCGGAACAACAAGAAAGUUAAGAUUCCCCGUAUCGUCCGCAUGCAUUCCAAUGAAAUGGAGGAAGUUACUGAGAUUGGAGCUGGUGAAAUUUGUGCUGUCUUCGGCGUUGACUGCGCUUCCGGUGACACUUUCACUGAUGGACAGCUCGGCUACAGUAUGUCGUCGAUGUUCGUUCCCGAGCCCGUUAUUUCGCUAUCUAUCAAGCCGAAGAACAACAAGGAUGCCGCCAACUUCUCGAAGGCCAUGGCGCGUUUCCAGAGAGAGGAUCCCACUUUCCGCGUGACGCACGAUGCCGAGAGUGAACAGACUAUCAUUUCUGGCAUGGGUGAACUGCAUCUUGACAUUUACGUUGAGCGUAUGCGUCGUGAAUACCGUGUUGACUGCGAAACCGGUCAACCCCAGGUUGCCUACCGAGAGACCAUCGGGAAGCGGGUCGAGUUUGACCACCUGCUCAAGAAACAGUCUGGAGGUCCUGGAGACUACGCUCGUGUUGCUGGCUGGAUGGAGCCCCUGGGCGGCCUCGAGGAGAACAAGUUCGAAGAGCAGAUUGUCGGAGGUAGCAUCUCGGAGAAGUUCUUGUUUGCUUGUGAGAAAGGUUUCCACCUUGCUUGCGACAAGGGCCCUCUGAUCGGUCAUAAGGUGCUUGGCACCAAGAUGGUUAUCAACGAUGGUGCUACACACGUAACUGAUUCGUCUGAAAUGUCCUUCAAAAACGCAACUCAGCAGGCCUUCCGCAAGGCGUUCAUGGAGAGCAACCCUGCCGUCCUCGAGCCUCUCAUGAAGACCUCUGUCACUGCCCCGUCUGAAUUCCAGGGAGAUGUCAUUUCGCUUCUGAACAAGCGUAAUGCCACUAUCAAUGACACCGAGACCGGUGUCGAUGAGUUCACCGUCUAUGCCGACUGCAGUCUGAACAGUAUGUUCGGCUUCAGCACCCACCUGCGCGCCGCGACGCAGGGUAAGGGAGAGUACACCAUGGAGUUCAGCCAUUAUGAAAAGGCACCACCACAACUGCAGAAGGAACUCAUUCAGAAAUACCAGAAAGCCCAAGCCGACAGGCACAAGAAAUAGACAGGCUUUUUCUUUUUUUUCUACCUCUUUCUCUUCCCCGAAUCAUGCCUCAACCGGGUCAGUUUGCGACGUGA